CCAAAGUGCCUAUUCUCUUCAGCUGGCUUCCUACAAACAGUUCUGUGAAAGAGAUCAGAGUGAAAGAAAGAUGGCGGGGGAUUCAAGCCUGCUGGCUGCAGUCUCUCUUCUCUCCGCCUGUCAGCAAAGUUAUUUUGCUUUUCAGGUCGGACGGGUAAGAUUAAAACACAAGAUUGCACCUCCAGCAGUCACGGGCCCUCUGGAGUUUGAGAGAAUAUUUCGUGCACAGCAAAACUCUUUGGAGUUUUAUUCCGUGUUCAUUGUAACGCUGUGGAUGGCUGGAUGGUACUUCAAUCAAGUUUUUGCAGCCUGUCUGGGUCUCCUGUACAUAUACGCCCGUCACAAGUAUUUCUGGGGCUACGCAGAAGCCGCUGAGAAAAGGAUCACUGGUUUCCGGCUGAGCCUGGGGAUUUUGGCCUUGCUGACUGUCCUCGCUGUCCUGGGGGUAGCAAGCAGAUUCUUGGAUGAAUACCUGGACUUUCAUGUUGCCAAGAAACUAAGGAAGCCCUUCUAAGUUUUUUGCUUCCCUUUCAUGCUUGUAGAGGACAUCACCACUCUGAAAACAAUAUGUCAUGUGUUAAAUAAACCUUUUAAAACUUU